AUGAUGACACCACAUCCCACCAUCUCUCUGGCUUCUCCUUUUUCUUUCUGUUUUUUUUGUUGGGUGGUUUUUUUUUUCCUCUCCCCAGAAAGACAUUUUGAGGACAACCAAAAGUAGAACGUGUUCUGGGUGUGGCUGCUUGUGAUUUACACAAUAGCCAAAGCAGGGGGAUCACUGAAGGGAAAGACAGAGCGUCUGCUGCUGAAGGGAGUGGAGACCAAGGGCUGCAGGAUGAAGAUCUCUGGAGCCUGUGUACUGUUGUGUCUCUUAGCAAUCUUUUUGUCCCCAGCUGACUGGCUUCCAUGGGUGGUCCAUGGACAAGAAGUGGAAAGUGCAACUGGUGAAGUUAGCUCUGACUCUCCUAUCAACACCUCUGAUGCAGCUGUCACACCAUCUGUGCUUCUUAGUCCUGUUCAGUCUGACAGUGAAACUGCAUCACCUUCAUCAGAUUGUCGUGAAGAAAAGUUCCCUUGCACACGCCUGUACUCUGUUCACAAACCAGUGAAGCAGUGUAUCAGCUACCUCUGUGUUACAAGUGUGCGUCGCAUGUACAUAAUUAACAAAGAGGUGUGCUCACGCAUUGUCUGCAAGGAGAAUGAGGUCAUGCAAGAUGAGAUCUGCCGUCAGCUGGCUGGCCUUCCUUCUCGACGUCUCCGCCGAUCUGGGCAGCCUGUUAAUGUCCCUUGCAGACAAUUCCUGAAGCAGCAGCGCAGACAGCCUGAUGCUCUGUAAGCUACCAACAGUAGGAGAGAAAAAGGAAGGGAGAGAAGAGAAAUCAUCGUCCACUACCUGCAAUCCAAGACAAGUGCUUCUCAUUUGUGAUUUCUCCACCAUUUCCUUGCUUCUCUGCCUUCCCCCACAUCCUCUUCUUCAGGUGCUGCAGCACAGAGUCCCCUCUCUGCUAGUCUGUCAUGGAGGCUGUUAUCAUCUCGUACAUCUGUUGCUGAGGAUGUGGGAAGCUCCCCUAUUUCCUCUCUAUAUGGCAAGGCCACAAGCUGCUUAUUUCCCAGAGGUCCUUAUAAAUGUGCUGCGUCUUCUCUUGCUUUGCCCCUGCAGAGAGACAGACAUGGCGAAAUCCUCUUCAAUGGUACAGAUGCCCUAAGCCACAUCUCAUGCAGAGGAGUGCAGACUUUUAUGCCCUAGGAGUCCUAAGCUGAGGUUUCUUUCAUGGCAUCAGUAUGAGCUCAGAUAUGGCUAGUUAGCCUGAGUCUCUCGGGUCCUCCUGAGCCACUGAGUUUGCUGUGCAAUAGCACAGCCUCCUCCUGUGUCUGCUGGCCUCAGAGAAGUGAGAUGACACCUCAACCCAAGGCAAACCUCAUUGUCUUUGCAUGGCAGCAGAUCAUUUAUAAAAACCUCUGGGAAUUUUUUUUGUCUCAAGCCCAUUGCCUCCCUCACCUGCAGUUGCUGCCAAAAAGAAUAAUUCUGAGUUUAGUAUGGCACUAUAUUUUUCUCAAGAAGAUUACAUUGGGGCAGAGUGCUGCCACUUCCUCUGCCUCCACUUCUCUCCUCCACUGAAGCAACUUUGAUGCCCGUUGCAGGCAAGUUCCAAGUAUGGCUGCCUCUGCUCUUAAGCGCAAUAGAGCUCACAAAGAAUGUGUGUGUUCUCCCAGUAAUGGGAACUUGCAGUGAAUUAGCUUGCCCUGGUAACUUGCCUUGGUCUGGCUACCUCCACAAUCUCCAGUUUCUAAGCCAACUUUCAAUAUCUCCACUUGAGUUCCUACCUCCUGACUCGGGAGCUCCUGCUCACAAACUGGAAUGGGAUGUGGGAGAAGAAUUGCUGUCUGGGAUCCCUGUCUUUUUCUGCCCAUUCUCUAGCUGCACUGACUUGUAUAGAGCCAGGUGCUGGUGGGCAUGUAACUGUGUCUGCAGGUAUAUGUGCUUAAAGAGGCAGGCCAACCCAGGGAAAAUCAUUCUGCUAGCACUGGAUGUCUGUAGUCUGCCCCAGUAAAAGCGUCUGGAACUUUAUCUUUCAGAUAUAUGGUGAACCUUUCCAGGUAUUUGGGCAAUUUUCACUGUGCAGUUGGGUAGAGUGAGUGGGGAAGAGCUGUCUGGAGUGUAUUAAUCACUCAGUGUGACUCAUAGUGGCAUUAUUCUGUGAGAUGCUGGAGAGCUGAGCAGUUUGUCUCACUGCAGCAGCUCAGCAAGUCUGUCCCUAAGCAUUUUUCCCAGCUAACAGAAAGCCUGUUUUCUGGAGUGGGGCUUCACCCCUGUCACACAUCAUACUCUGAUGCUGAACUGGAGGUCAUUCAGCCUUGAGGAGCACUGGUCUGCUGAAUAGAGCCAGAGUCACACAAUACAGAGGACAGAUUGCUGCACAAAGGCAGACAUCUCAAUGAAAAAAAAAGGUAAUGGUAAGAGCCUCUUCCUGAAACUUGGAUUUCUGAUGUGUGCAGCAAGAGGCUGAUUGCAUCCUCUUCAUAGAAGAUUAGACCCUGUGCAGACACACAUUUGUUCCAUAUAAGGGCUGUCGAUGGCCAACUUAAGUCUCUGUAUUAAUCCAGUGUACAGGAUAAAGAGUUCCGCAUUGUUCAAUGGCUGGAAUUUCAUCCUGUACAUCAGGGCAUCACCCCCCCUGCACAAAAGGUGAUACUCCUUUUGAGUACUUGAGGCUCAUGCUACUAGGGGUGGAGGAGGAAGUUGUCUAUACUGACAGUGUGCAUGUUUCUGUAGAGAGAAGAGCGUUUGGAGCUUGAUCUCAAAGACACUUGGGCCACUGGCAGCCACUGACUUCUGUGCUGGGACAUAUGCAGAAUUUGCCUGUGUGGGGGAAGUGAGGAUGAGAUGUUAGAGGGAGCUCUUGGAAACUGGGCCAGACCAAUCUCCACUCUGUAGGACUGAAUGUAAGUUGAUAUAGAUACAUAACUGUAUAGCAUAGCUACUGUAUGGCAUAUAGGAAUUUGACAUUCAUACAGUUUGAGCAGCCUUUCUGCUGCUUGCUUUCAGCAGGGACAGGAAGAAAUGCUCCCCUCCAAGAGAACAGUGUUUUAAUGCUAGAAUCCAUGUAAUACACACAGAAAUAUUAAAAUAAAUUCUAUUUCCUGCUAUUCUUGGCAA